CUCCUGAGCCGCCAUUUCAUGUGCGAGCAGCUGAGAGGACGGGGUGAGUUGGGUAUACAAAUCAGAAAAACAAAUUUAGUUUACAAUAACGAUUUUAAUCUUCGUCUGGCUAUCUCAUUUUGAGGAGCAAAGAUGAGCUACGGAAGGCCUCCGCCCGAUGUCGAGGGUAUGUCCUCGCUCAAAGUGGACAAUCUCACGUACCGGACCUCGCCUGAGACCCUACGCCGAGUUUUCGAGAAGUAUGGCCGGGUGGGAGACGUGUACAUCCCCCGCGAUCGAUACACCAAGGAGAGCCGCGGUUUCGCCUUUGUGCGGUUCCACGAUAAGCGCGACGCUGAAGACGCGAUGGACGCCAUGGACGGGGCCUUGCUCGACGGGCGGGAACUGCGAGUGCAGAUGGCGCGAUAUGGCCGUCCACCAGACUCCCACUUCGGGCGCCGAGGCGGCAGUGGACCCCCAAGGAGGCAUGGAGGCUACGGGCGCAGGAGCAGGAGUCGUUCGGCCAGCCCCCGCCGGCGAAGACGCAGUCGUUCCCGAAGCAGGAACCGCAGUCGUGGCCGUGACUACAGCCGCUCACGGUCUCGUUCCUACUCUAGAUCCCGUUCCAAGUCCCGCACACCCCGCAAGAGCAAGUCCCCAUCCCGAUCAAGGUCCCGCAGCCGCUCCCCGGCUUCUAACAGAGGCUCAAGGUCGAGGUCCAAGAGCAUGCCCAAAUCCCCCGAUGACAACGGAACCGAGUCUUAGUAACAACAGUUCCAACCCAGACCAAGUAAGAUGAUGUCAGACGAUUGAGACUUCUUCUCUGUGGACGUCGACCAGAGCUUAAGUCUGCCAGUGGACACCUCUCUACGCCUAACGGAAUACUGACCAAAAGGUUGUGACUUGGUCUAAAAUGUUUUAAAUGAUUAAUUUUGGUUUGUUGCCCAGAAAUAGACUGUACUACAUAUUUACCAAUGCGUGUAAUGCCAUUGACUAUAGAGUGAAGGACAUGUUUUGAGGUGAACUGUAUUUUGUCUCAUUGUUAGUGCAGGUUUGUUGCAUAUUAAUUUGAUUUAAACUUUUAUGAAGUAGCCCCUCCCUCCCUUUUUUAUUAAUUGAAGCCCUUAUUUAGUGGUCUAAUUCUCUACAGAAGGAUUCCCGUAUUGAGUUACUGUUCUUCUUUUGGAGAGUUGAAUUUAGCAGUUAACCUAAAGAAAAUGUUUUCUGUUAUUUUCUAAGCAAAACCAGCAACAUGUAGAGGGAAGCCAUAUAAGCCAAGAUUGUAUCAAAAAUAUUUAACAUGUUAUGUAAUUCGCUAUCUUAACUAGGAGUGCAGAUAUUUUUUUAUUUUUAUGUAUGUACACUGAGUACACCAAACAUUAGGAACACCUAAGUUGCACCUCCCCCUUUGCCCUCAGAACAGCCUCAUUUCGUUGGUGAAUGGACUCUACAAGGUGUCGAAAGCGUUCCACAGGGAUGCUGGCCCAUGUUGACUCAAAUGCUUGUCACAGUUGUCAAGUUGGCUGGAUCUCCUCUGGGUGAUGAACCAUUCUUGAUACACACGGGGAGCUGUUGAGCAUUAAAACCCCAGCAGCUUUGCAGUUCUUGACACAAACCCGUGUGCCUGGCACCGACUAUCAUACCCUGUUCAAGGGCACUUAAGUCUUUUGUCUUGUCCGUUCACCCUCUGAAUGGCACACAUACACAGUCCAUGUCUCAAUGCUUAAAAAUCCUUCUUUAACCUGUCUCCUCCCCUUCAUCUACACUGAUUGAAGUUUAUUUAGCAAGUGACACCAAUGAGGGAUCAUACUUUUACCUGGUCAGUUUGUCAUGGAAAGAGCAGGUGUUCUUAAUGUUUCUAUACUCGGUGUAUAUUGUUGAUACAUUUUUUUUAUCUCUGGUAUGCAUUUACUUUCCUGUGAAUUCUAAUCCCCUCUUGUGUCAUCUUUUGUGCACUAGGCGCAGUUGUGUAGCAGUUGAGUAUUGCUGGUUAGCUGUUAAGGUGCGAUGCAGUGCUGAUGGUGAGGUGACAGUGCAGUGGCUGGCGGGGGUGUUGCGGUGCCCGGUGACUGCCCGGUGCAGUUGCCGCCCUGCUAUCGACUUGGUGCUGCUGCCGUUUGCCUGGUUCUGGUCUGUAAGAAUAAAUCAAUCACAGCUGUGGUGGCAGAUCUGAUCAUCCCAUCUCUCUCCCUCUGUUGUCAUAUGGUCUCUUACCAUUGUUGAUGUACCAAUACUAUUCUCUUCCUCCCCUGUUUCUCCAUCCCUAGCCUGGUGGAACCAGUCUGAUCGCAGUGUUUAACAUUGUGUUAUCGAUCAGGCUUGUUCCACCAGGUUAUCCUACCCCCCCAACUGUGGUAUAGUCCUCUGUUGUGAGCUGGUUGUACCCAGUGUUGUUGGAAGUCUUAUUGCUCGAUAGAGGGUUGGAUAAAGGGCAUCCCACCAGCUUGAUAAAUUAGUCAGUGCAUUCUUUUGCGAACCCUUGCAAGAUCUCUUGUAAAUGCUCCAGGUGAAGGCUAAUAAAAAUGUGUUACAUUUG